UCAUGGAGAGGAGUACAACGGUUAUCAUUAGUCGUGACUGAUGAACGUGGAGUGAGUUGACUUAUAUUUACGUUCUUGAUAUACUGCAAGAUAUUCGCAUGUAAAAAUUGAAUAAACGUCAAAAUGAAAACCGGAAAUCAAAUUAUGGCGGAAGCCCUGAAGAAGCAGGGUUUGAAUUAUGUCUUCGGUAUCAUGGGACAUCCCGUGAUUGACCUGGCCAUAAGCAUGCAAGCUGUUGGUUUACAAUAUCUUGGUUUUAGAAAUGAGCAAGCUGCUUGUUACGCCGCGCAGGCUUAUGGAUAUUUAACAAGAAAACCUGCAGUAGUAUUAUGCGUUUCCGGUCCGGGAUUGCUACAUGUUAUUGGUGGUAUGGCGAACGCACAAAUAAAUUGUUGGCCUGUUCUUGUAUUGGGAGGAUCCUGUCCGGAGGAUCACGAAGGGAUCGGUGGAUUUCAGGAAUGGCCGCAGGUCGAAGCGAGUAGGCCCUAUUGCAAAUAUGCUGCCAGACCACCAUCGGCCGGUCUAAUUCCAAUGCAUGUCGAAAAAGCUGUGCGACUCGCUACUUAUGGUAGACCAGGCGCCGUUUAUCUCGAUUUACCUGCUACUUUAUUAACGCAAGAUGUGGACGAAAGCAAAAUAUUUAAGGCUUUACCUUGUCCGCCACCACCGUUAUCUUAUCCUGAUGCAAUAUUAAUCGAACAAGCAGCGAUUUUAUUGAUAAGGGCGAAGAAACCCUUGGUGAUAGUCGGCAAGGGUGCCGCUUAUGGUCGAGCUGAAGGUCCAGUGAGAGAGCUCAUUUCUUCAACCAAUGUACCCUUUUUACCGACACCGAUGGGAAAAGGCGUUGUACCGGAUACGGAUGAGCAUUGCGUUUCCAGCGCACGAACAUUCGCGUUGCAGCAUUCCGAUGUUAUUUUAUUGCUAGGCGCGAGAUUAAAUUGGAUGUUGCAUUUUGGACGAUCACCCAGGUUUCAAAGUGACGUCAAAAUCAUACAGAUCGAUUUGUGCGCGGAAGAAUUGCAUAAUUCGGUACCGUCUGCCGUCGCCAUACAAUCGGAUAUUGCACCGGCGACGAAAUAUUUGAUAAACGCGUUGAAAGGUCGAAAAUGGCACGUCGACCGAAACGAUUUAUGGUGGAAGGAUCUUGCGGCGAAAAUUGAGAAGAAUAAGCAAUUAGUUCAACGCAUGUCAUUGGAUACCAGUGUGCCUCUGAAUUAUUAUACCGUUUUUAAACAUAUUCAAGAUGUUAUCCCGAAUGAUUGUAUCAUUUGUUCCGAGGGAGCUAAUACAAUGGACAUUGGACGAACCAUUCUCUUGAAUGAUUUACCUCGUCACAGAUUGGACGCCGGUACAUUCGGUACGAUGGGCGUAGGGCUUGGAUUUGGAAUCGCGGCAGCUCUUUAUUGUAAAGACAAUGCGCCAAAAAAAAGAGUAAUCUGUGUGGAAGGAGACAGCGCUUUCGGAUUUUCCGGGAUGGAAAUUGAGACAAUGUUUCGAUAUAAAUUACCGGUGAUUAUUAUAAUUGUUAAUAAUAACGGUAUAUACGGUGGUUUCGAUGACGAAACUUUCAGACAGUUGCAGGCAUCUGGGGAUCCAACGCAAGUAACACCUCCAUUUUCUUUGACAUCUGAAACUCAUUAUGAGAAAAUAAUGGAAAUGUUUGGCAAGAAAGGAUAUUUUUGUACUACUGUGGAGGAAAUUCAGCGAGCAUUAAAUCUAUCUCUCAAGGUAAGAGAUAGUCCUAGUUUAAUAAAUAUCAUGAUCAAUCCACAAGCAGAUCGCAAGGAACAACAAUUCAAUUGGUUAACGGAAUCAAAAUUAUAAAUAUGCAGUGCACUAAUUGCAAAAUACGUCAUUUAUAAUUAUAAUAUUUCCAAUCUUUUUUUGGAAAAUUAUAUUUUUUAUAGGUUACUGAUUAAUCACUAAUAUUAAAUAAUAAGAGUGCAAAGAUUUUGUUUAGAUUAUGAACUUCUUGCAUUGGAGUCACAUUUUUCAUAUGAUAUAUUUUUUGCAAUCCAAAAAUGUAAAGCAUAUCUUAUAUACAUGAUUAGUUUGUCCUGAAAGAUUGAUCAUAUGCAUGAGACAUAUUUGACAUUCUUAGUUUGUAAAAGAUACAAUGUCCAGAACAUGUAAUUACAAUGCAAGGGAU